CCUACCACUCCCAGUGUGUGCCAGAACAACCCUUGUGGAAAUUGGGGUACCUGUGUGGAUCAGCCAUACGACUACCCCUACUACCGGUGCUACUGCAUCCCACCCUGGUCAGGCAGCAACUGCGAAUCUUACGUCACCACGACUACUGAGCCUCCUACCACUCCCAUGCCUCCUACUACCACAAACGGUGCGUGUCUAUCAUCCCCGUGCCUGAACGGUGGUAUCUGUGAGGAUCCGUGGUACUACCCCGACUACCUGUGCCACUGCAGCCCAGAAUGGUCAGGCCGGAACUGUGAAUAUUACGUAGGUGGAAUGACUACUACUACCGAGCAUCCUAUUACCACUGCCGGGGUUUGCCAGUGCAAUCCGUGCUACAAUGGGGGUACCUGUGUGGAUCAGCAAUACUACUACCCCUACUACCGCUGCUAUUGCAUGCCAGGGACAUCGGGUGCCAGAUGUGAAUAUGCCGCGGGGUGCUGGUUAAGACCAUGCCACAACGGCGGGACGUGCGUGGAUCUAGGGUUCCCCAACUAUCAGUGCAUCUGCAACUCGCGUUGGUCGGGCCUCGACUGUGAAAAUCCCGUUCGGGAAGUGGAGCUGAUGAACUGCACGUCGCGCUACAUGGAGCUGCAGAUCCCGCUGAGCGAACUGAGCGAGCUCGGCCUCUCGUCGUCCGACGUCCACCUGGAGGACCCCUCGUGCCGUGGCUCCAUCUCGGGGCAGUACCUGGUCCUGCACACCGACCUGCACGGCUGUGGCUCCACGCUGGAGACACACGACGACAACAUCGUGUACUCGAACACGGCCUACGGCUUCGUGGCUGGAACCAGAGCCAAGAAGCUGCGCAUCCCCAUGCACUGUUACCUGGGCGCAGAGGGAAGGGUCAUAGCGAGCUUCGCUCCCAGGGUGUACGACAAGUACAGCUCGGGCACCUUCGACCUGAGCAUCGCGAUCUACACCAGCCAGGCCUUCAGCCAGGCCGUCCGCGCGUACCCAUUCGAGGUGGACCUCGGAGCCCCGAUCUACGCAGAGGUGCUGCUCAACUCCUACGAUAACAGCCUGCAGCUCCUGCUGGAGACGUGCAAGGCUUCCCCGAAUCCAGGCACCGCCGACAGCGAGUCCUACGUCAUAAUUAGAGAUGGGUGCCAGGUGGAUCCUUCCUACACCACCUACUCCAGCGGCGACGAGAAGAGGCAGCACUUCAGCUUCCAGAGCGUGGAGUUCUUCAGCGGAUCCCAGGUGUACCUGGAGUGCAACGUGCGCGUGUGCAACAUCUCGGACGUGAGCUCGCGCUGCCGGCGAGGGUGCGUGCGGUCCAAGCGCUCCGUGCGUGACCUCGUCGGCCCGGAGAAUCGCGCCGAGCACAAAGUGGACCUCUCCCAGGGCCCCGUGCUGCUCCGCAAGACGCGCCAGGUCUCCGGCUUGAGCAGUUCGGCGCUGGGGUUGGUGUACGCGCUGGCCGCUGCUCUGACCGUCACUGCCGUCUGCGUGGCUGUGGUGAAACUCUACGGUAUCCGCUCCAGAGCCACUCAGUACGAACUCAUCGUACCGAUCGAUGACUGAGUGGGACAUGCACGGAUCCGGACAAAGAGUCGCCGCUCUCCGUUGGCCCAUAGAGGGGCGUUCGUUUAUUUUCAUUCUCCAAACCUUACUCCAAUAUCAAUGUUAUAAUCCCAAUCUCGAUCCGGGAGAAUCUCGCCGAGUCUAGAACGUGAUUUCACAGGGAGGGUUUCAGACCAAUGAGAUCUUCAUAAGUUGUGUUGCUCAGGGGAAACCAGGGUUUUGAUGAACGCACAUGCAUCCCGAGAAGAAUAUUCACACUCUACGCGGAUCGCUAAUCAAAAGCAGGGCUGUACUGCCCCCGCCCCCGUGGAUAUCACUUUGGUGGGCUCUCAACUCAAUAUCCUUGAGCCUCAUGGCUGUGUAAUCAAGUUGAACUCUUAAGCCACUUAAUCACGGUAGCGAGUUACAUCUAAUCAAUAAACAUCGAUUUAAAAUUAAUUAUCUACAGUGUACUUUUAGCUAUAGGUGUCUACAGACGAGUAGAAGUGUAGUGGCAGUAAAAAAAAAAACCUGACAGCCCUUUAGCACCCAUCCAUCACUGCAUCAACCGUGGACGUUGCUUGUCCAUAUUUUACCAUGCUAAUGUUACCAUGCUAAUGUUACCGAGCUAAUGUUACCAUGCUAAUGUUACCAUGCUAAUGUUACCAUGCUAACGUUACCAUGCUAAUGUUACCAUGCUAAUGUUACCAUACUAAUGUUACCCACGGCCUAGAAUUACAUUCAGGUUGCUUGGCUCGGAGCUCAAUUAGCCAACCACUCCACCACUGCUUGCCCCCACAUGUGUCGAUGCAGGUAAACGCAUUAUUGUUAUCACCUGUAACUCUUGUAUCACGAUUCAUAUAUUUUUGUGUGAAAAUAAAAUGAUUUUAAAAUAA